UUACUCAUAUCGAAAAAAUACUCUAGGGCAAUGAGAUUACACUGCAGCAGGACACUGAGUGUAGUUAUAGCAGGAAGUUGAUCUAUGAUAUAUGUCACAUGUAAGGCAUAUACAUCUUGGCAUAUAUAUUUUGUGCAUGGGGAAAACCAAGACUGAAAUGCAGCCAUGAGGACCUAAAUGUAGAUCGACCUCACUGGGGAAAGGAAGGACCAUCAUCCUGUCAACGAUGGACGAACAUGAUGUAGAUAAAUGGGGCGCUGAGUGUCCGAAAUAGUGAUGUCAUAAGGGGCGCUGAUAGUUCCAAUGCAAGCCACCAAUUUCGGGAAGCAUGUUAGGGGCGACAGGUGCCUGCUGUGAUGGAAGAGUAGUCCUUCAUGUGUCUUUUGGUGACCAGGAGCGAUGACUAUGACGACACACGGCCGUUGCUGCAUCUGCCUUCCAAGACAACCGUGGCACUAUCGGCUGUCAUGGUUGUUCAGGUUCUCAGCAGGUUCACCCUAUUCUGUACGUUUGCCUACAUACCGGGGUUCUGCAAAAAUGACCUCAAGUUAUCCGAAACUGCAACGGUCGUCAUCAAUGGAUUUUAUAUCGGUAUUAUUUACGGUAUUCCAGCUGUAGCUGGCGGUAUUGCUGAUGCGGUCCUCGGACGAUAUAAAUCACUCUUUAUUUCAAACUGCGUUAUUCUACUCGGUGCCAUCAUCUUCCUCGUUUUAGUCAUAAUUGUUGAUACUGGCCAUAUAGCGAUGCCCUAUGUUCUCCUCCUCCUCAUCACAUCUCUGGGCCUCAUCAGCUUCGGUAUCGGCUCAUUCAAUGUCGUACUCAUGUCCUUCGGGAUGGAUCAGAUCGCCAACAAGUCCAACGCUAAUCUUUGGUCAUUCUUUCUUUGGAGGUCCUGGUUCACGAACAUUGGGAAGCUGGCAGUUGCCAUGGCUUUUACUGGGGACACCGGUACCUUCGACAGCCCUCGCAUGCUUGGCAUGGGAAUAGCCAUCGUAGUUUCUGCAGCGUUGUCUGUGGCCAUUGUUAUCGGCUGCAAGAGGGCGUUUAAGAUCGAAAAGCCUCAAGCAAAACAAACAUUUAGAAAUAUCAAGCUGGGCUUCUUCAACAUUUUCCCAUUCGCCAGGAAGUAUCCAGUGUAUUUCUCAAACCUGUCUUACGCCGCACAAGAAACAUUCAAAGCUUCCAUGCAUAAGAAACGACAGCUAUUCCGAAAAGUGGUACUGUUUGUCGGCAUCUUUGCAAGCUAUGGAGUUUACGACGCUAUCUAUAUACAGAUGAAUUCGACUUACCGGGAGCAAAGAAAAUUCUUGAAGGAGGAACCUUAUGCAGAAAACCUAAAGAUGGGAGUUUUUCAAGCAUUUGCUGCACUUUCUGUCAUACCUUGUGUAGAGCUGGUUAACCGAACCAAGGGACUCUGUAAACCGCUGUCAAAUUUGUCACUAAUAGGCUUCGGAACCAUUUUCAUCAUCACAUCUCCGCUGUGUGCGGGAGUGUUGGAGACCGUCAUCCGCACAAAGCAGUGGCCGGGGACCGACAGCGGCAUCUCCCUGUUCUUUCAGAUCCCGCAGUUCGUUCUCGCAGGAGUUGCUGACGUCUUCAUUUUCAUUCCUUCGCACGUCUUCGCUUACGACCAAAGUCCGAAACAUGCUCAGAGCUUCACAUUCGGGUUGAACUACACAGCAGGAACAGUCGUAUACGUGGUUCUCUACGUGGUACAGGCGGUUUUUGUCCAAACUCCUCAACCAGACUCCUCGCCUCACGUUGACGUCUUUGAAUACCUCUUCUACAUCCUCGUUGGAGCUGCUUUAUUCAUCCUGCUGUUUUUGUUCUUGCCCCUGUCAAUCAUGUAUCGUCGGGCGGCCAUGAAACUCCAGAGCGAGGCGGAUGACGAAAGUGGUGACGUCACACUUACGGAGAGUAUUCUGGAAGCAGAUGAAAAUGAGUGUUUGGACUACGGGACAGUACGAUCUUCAACAUCGCACUCUUCUGAAACAGUUCACUCUUGACCAUGUUGUAAUCUGUACAUCAGACGAUGUCAGUUACUUGUAUUUUUGAACAUAUAAAAAGACAAUAUCCCACAAUUAUUAGGCUCCACUGGUGUACUGAACACAUCUUCAUGUAGGCUGC